CGAGCUUGCAGAGCGGAGAGAUAGCCGCGCUCAUAGUAGAAGCUCUCAGACCAGUCAGUGGCUUCAUGGAGUUAUGCACCUCUGAUGCGCCGCCAUGGAUUGCAAUUCGCGAUCACAGCUUUUCGUUUUAACGCUUUUAUUGUCUCUCGUGCUUCCAACUUUCUCCGUCGUUUAUCCUCCAAAUGAAGUGAACCUGUUAGAUUCUAAAGCAAGUCAAGGAGAGUUAGGAUGGAUUUCCUACCCGUCUCAUGGGUGGGAGGAGAUCAGUGGGGUGGAUGAGCAUUAUACGCCCAUCAGGACUUUCCAGGUGUGCAAUGUAAUGGAGUACAGCCAGAACAACUGGCUUCGCACCAACUGGAUCCCUCGUCAGUCAGCCCAGAAAAUCUACGUGGAACUCAAGUUCACACUGAGGGACUGCAACUCAAUCCCAUUAGUCCUGGGCACAUGCAAAGAGACCUUCAACCUUCUCUACUUGGAGACCGAUGAUGACCAAGGCAGUCACUUCCGAGAACACCAGUUUUCCAAGAUCGACACCAUAGCUGCGGAUGAAAGUUUUACUCAAAUGGACCUGGGCGACCGCAUUCUCAAACUCAACACCGAAGUGCGUGAAGUUGGACCCUUGACAAAGAAGGGCUUCUACCUGGCAUUCCAGGAUGUGGGUGCCUGUGUAGCUUUAGUAUCUGUGAGGGUUUACUUUAAAAAGUGCCCAAAUAUUGUGAAGAAUCUGGCCUCCUUUCCUGACACGGUACCAGUGGACUCCCAGUCACUGGUUGAGGUGAAAGGUUUAUGUGUCAAUAACUCCAAAGAGGAGGAAGCUCCACGAAUGUACUGCAGCACAGAGGGCGAGUGGCUCGUGCCAAUCGGGAAGUGUCUGUGCAACCCAGGCCACGAAGAAAGAAGCAACACCUGUAAACUGUGCAAGUCCGGAUUUUACAAGUCCACACUGGGAAACAUGGAGUGUUCCAAGUGUCCGCCUCAUAGUUACGCUCACCACGAAGGCUCGUUACAUUGUGGAUGUGAGAAGAAUUACUUCCGUGCUGAGGGAGACCCAGACUUCAUGGCCUGUACACGCCCUCCCUCAGCUCCUCGUAACGUUAUCUCCUCCAUCAACGAGACCUCGGUUAUCCUAGACUGGAGCUGGCCGGAGGACACAGGUGGCCGCAGAGACCUCACCUUUACCGUCCUCUGCAAACGAUGUCGAGGCGGGGCUGCGAACGGCAGCAAUGGCGGCAGCCCGCGGUGUGAUCCCUGCCGGAGCAACGUACGCUUCAUUCCAAGAGCCACGGGCCUCCAAAACACCACCGUGACCGUAGGAGACCUGCUAGCCCACACAAACUACACGUUCGAGAUCGAGGCGCAGAACGGAGUCUCGUCGCUGGCGCCCAAGAUGAGGCAGUAUGCCGCUGUCACCAUCACCACCAAUCAAGCCGCUCCCUCUCCAGUAAUAGUGAUCAAAAAGGAGAAGACAUCCCGGAAUAGCGUUUCCUUGUCUUGGCUGGAGCCAGAGAGACCGAACGGCAUUAUUCUCGACUACGAGAUCAAAUACUAUGAAAAGGAAGAGCAGGAGACCAGCUACACGAUCCUUCGGGCCCGAGGUUGUAACGUGACUCUGAAUGGUCUCAAGCCCAACACUGCCUACCUGCUGCAGAUCCGAGCCCGCACAGCGGCCGGAUACGGAGCCAGCAGUCCCAGUUUCCAGUUUGAAACCAGCCCUGACUCAGCCUUCUCCAUCUCCAGUGAGAGCAGCCAGGUCAUGCUAAUCGCAAUUUCCUCAGCAGUGGCCAUCAUUCUGCUCACUGUGCUGCUCUACGUCUUGAUUGGGAGGUUUUGUUGCCACAGCAAAUCCAAACAUCCUGAUGAGAAAAGACUGCACUUUGGCAACGGCCACCUGCGUUUGCCAGGUAUUAAGACCUACGUCGACCCCCACACAUAUGAGGACCCCAGCCAGGCUGUGCAUGACUUUGCGAAAGAGCUGGAUGCCUCCUGCAUAGCCAUCGAUAAAGUGGUGGGAGCAGGUGAGUUUGGUGAGGUAUGCAGUGGGCGUCUGAAGCUACCCAGUAAGAAGGAGAUCUGCGUGGCUAUCAAGACUCUAAAAGGAGGAUACACAGACAAACAAAGACGGGACUUUCUUGCUGAAGCGUCAAUCAUGGGACAAUUUGACCAUCCCAACAUCAUCAGGCUGGAGGGGGUGGUGACACGCAGUAAGCCUGUCAUGAUUGUCACCGAGUAUAUGGAGAAUGGUUCACUGGACAGCUUUUUAAGGAAGCAUGACGCCCAGUUCACUGGAAUUCAGUUGGUUGGCAUGCUGCGUGGCAUCGCUUCAGGCAUGAAGUAUCUGUCUGACAUGGGCUACGUUCACCGAGACCUUGCCGCACGAAACAUCUUAGUCAACAGCAACCUGGUGUGUAAAGUGUCAGACUUCGGCUUGUCAAGGGUCCUGGAAGAUGACCCUGAGGCUGCAUACACCACAAGGGGAGGUAAGAUCCCGAUCCGGUGGACAGCUCCAGAGGCAAUUGCUUACAGGAAGUUUACAUCAUCAAGCGAUGCUUGGAGUUACGGCAUUGUGCUCUGGGAAGUAAUGUCGUAUGGAGAACGGCCUUACUGGGAGAUGUCCAAUCAAGAUGUCAUAAAGGCUGUAGAUGAGGGUUACCGCCUUCCCCCGCCCAUGGACUGCCCUGCUACACUUUAUCAGCUGAUGCUAGAUUGCUGGCAGAAAGAAAGGAACAACAGACCCAAGUUUGAACAGAUAGUCAGCAUACUGGACAAACUCAUACGCAACCCCGGUAGUUUGAAAAUUACAGCCAACACUACAUCAAGGCCGGCCAACUUGUUACUGGAUCGAAGUAGUUCAGAGGUUCCCCCAGUGGGGACGAUGGGUGACUGGAUGGAUGGCAUGAGGACCUUGCCCUGCAAUGAGGCCUUCUCUGGGGUCAGCUACAGCUCCUGCGAUACCCUGGCCAAGACUUCCACAGAUAGAGUGAUUCUGACAGAGGUCCACGUCACACCAGCAACUUGCCCAGAAUGGGAGCCAUCCAUGGGGAUCACCACUCUCUAACACGCAGUUCCUCUCCUUUCGAUUCCUCGGACUCUGGAUGGGAUUUGAAAAAGGUUGGAGUGACAAUUGCAGGACCACAGAAGAAGAUCGUGAGUAGCCUCAAAGCCCUUGAAUCUCACACCAAGAACGGUCCAGUGCCUGUUUAAAAGAUGAGGCCAACAGAGGAAAAUCACCACGUCCGCAGAUUGUUGGAGCUAAUUGCUUGCUUAUACACACUGUGUAUACAUCGUGAUGAUGGCAGAUGACUGAUAGGGGAAAAAAAAGUCUUGGCAGAGAAAUGGGAAGAGCCCAGAAUAGCAAACCAGUUAACUGGUUGACUAUUGAACCCUUUGUUGUUCCACGCUCACGUUGAGAUGCCUUACAGACACAUAAAGCAGCAGGGUUGGAUUUUAAAGAAUUAUUCGAGAACUAACACAGCCGGACAGAACUGGUUCAGGGAUAGAGACGACUGGACCAGGAUGGAAAGGCGAACAAAUGUCAAAGCUGCAGCUCUCGGUAGCAGUCAAGGUGGACGACGUUUCCCUCCAUAAACUGCUCGCCUGGGGUGCUUGCUGGCUCCUCCCACUAGACCUUGUCGGCAACCAGCGCAGAGCACGACUGUGGCAUGGCUUAACUGCCCCAUGUGAUACUCAAAGGAAGACAGCAGCAGCACCUGAUCCAGUGUGGACCCUUCCUGGACUGAUGAAGUCUUGAGAUUCUUUUGCAGCUACCUACACAUUAACUCAAAUCGGUUCGAAACGUUCACGUUCGGUUGUCACAUGAUAGCAAUAAUGAUGAUAAUCAGCUUGCAUAGGAAAACCAUGACCAUGAUUCACUCACAGUAAGCUUUGAAGGUAAGCAAUAACACACUUCACACUCUUUCUAUGAAAAAUGGAAGUUAAAUGUGAUACAAGCAGAUAUUGUAACGUUAUAGUGGCGUUCGGCAAACCGGAAAUCUUUUGUGUGAAAUCUCAGGAUACACACAUGAUUUGAUCUAUAUUUGCUGUAACAAGCGGAAACAGAUGAAGUGAACAGAGCGAACCGAAGCAGGGAAUUGAGAGUACACGGUAAGAGAGAUGAGAGUGAGAAAUUUUGAAGUUGGAAAUGAAAGGUAUAAGAUGAAGCUGUGUUUUUUCCACACCUCACCUUCAGAUAAUCUUAUUGUGCAAUGGAGGUGUUGAACUCCAGGUACUUGAGUUUGUUUUCCUGGGAAGAGAAAAAAUAGUUUCAUUUAGCAGCUCACAUUCUUUAUUCAAUAAAGCUGGGCAUACACUAAUAAUGCUGAAAUGUUUUUCAAAACAAUUCUGAGUUAGCCAAUUUAAUAAUACGACGCAAUUUCAAGUCUUGUACGGCCUCAUCGCACAAUGAUCUGAUGAAAUGUGAGGUGUAAAAAAUCUUCUCUGUCCUGACAGUUUUUACAAGAAUGGUCCAAUUAGAUUUUCCAAAAAGUAGAUGAACAGUAUUAUGUUUAACAGAAGCCAUUGGAAUACAACGUUUCUCUUCAGCUGCUGAUAGAGAUCAUGCAAAACAUUGAGUACCUCAUUGUUGGGUUUGAUAGAUGUUGGGUUCACCACGCUCCUGUUUUGGUUGACGUAAAAAGGCUUUACCAACACUACCAUAUACACACUGUUAAGUAAUCCUAAAACUGAAAUCCAAAUACCUACAGUAUGUCCAGAAAGGGAUUCCCUGAAGGCACCUUUACGUUUGGAUGCUCCACGGUAUAGAGGUACAUCUAUAUGGAUUCUGGUCACAUGAUCAGUAUUAUAAACUGCUACUACUCUAUACUUUUGGAUGAGAACCAUUCAACUACAAGUGUGCACUCUAAAUGCACUUAAGACACAAUGUGUGAGCACUUUCCUUUACGUGGGAAUUUUAAUGGCUUGGCUGGAGAUUAAAUUUACCCAAUGGACAGAAAUGUUGUUGCUUUGGGGAAAAAAACCCCCAGCUCUGUUCGUGGGAUCAGUAUAGCCAGUGUUCUACCUGUGGAUGCCGCUGUUGCUGCUAUGUGAUCUGAUUAACAUGUACAUAGUGUAAACCAUCGUAACCAUAUAGCGACUAGCCCGACGCUUCCUGCAAUAUGUACAUGCCAUCCUUAUUUGUACAAAAUUUUCUAUGUAUAAAAAGAUUACAAAUUGUGCAACAAUUAAAAAAAAAAAGACAAUACACCUCUGUAUUAUACUUUACCUUGUUUUGAAUUAUAUUUGUCAGCCUGUUUUUAUUUUCGACAAUAAAAACGCAAUUGUGAUUACAUAAUUAUUUAUUUGUUAACAUUACACAGCACAGUGUUUUUUUUUUGUUUUGUUCUUUUUAAGAUUACAGUAAAUUAUGUGUCUGUGUUACCUGUGUUUUGUUUUGUUUUUUUACUUAUUUUAUCAACCUGGGACAUCUGAGAGAGCAAUACUGUCAUGCACCCCAUAUCCAGAACCCUUCAUUUCUGUCUCAAGACUGACCCGUGUGUUUGUGUGCGAGUUUACGUGUUCAAACAUAGAUGGCCUUGUCAACUAAUGUAAAAGGAUUUGUAGUGGAAACAUUUAUAUUUUUAUAAUAAAUAUUCUCAAAAUAUUUUCCAAAAAAUUAA